AUGAGCAGCCUAGAAUCCGUGCUAAAACGGGUCAAUGAAUCCUUGAAUUCUGUUUCAACCUCUCUGGCCCAUUUGCGCGAUCAAUACACGUCCAAUGUUGAUGGAGAUAGUGACACUAAAGCCAAAGUAAUGGAUAAAGUCAUCGGUGGGAAAGACGCGGAGAAAGUCUCGUUGUUGUCAUUGAAAAACGGUAGCAUGCUUGCGUACAUUAACAGCUUGAUGAUGGUGAUCGGUGAAAAAUUAGAACAGAAAGACGCUACGGCUCAAAAUGGGAGACAACGAUCCAUUGAGCAUCGGGUUACGCUGGAAAGAGGUGUGAAACCUUUGGAGAAAAAACUAGCCUACCAGCUGGACAAAUUGGUGCAGGCUUAUUCCAGGAUGGAGAAUGAAUACGUAGCGGCUGAGAAAAGAGCCGCAGAGCGGACGCAUGUAUCGGUUGCUGAUGACGACGACAGCAGUGAAGAGGAAGACGAAAGCUUGUUCCGGCCCAACGCCGCUGCCGUGGCAACAUAUGACACUGGAAGCCAAGGCAGAUUCGUAGCCGAUGCUGUUGACCAGAAUCGUGACGCCGAUGCAAACGCUGAUGAAAUUAGCGGGACCAGUAGAUACAAACCUCCCAAGAUCAGUGCGGUGUUACCACCGCAGCACCAUUUUGAGGACAAAUUCAAUGCGAGAGACCACAAGGACAGGAGUGGCAGGUCGCGGAUGCAAGCCAUGGAAGACUACAUCAACGAAAUGUCAGAACAACCUGAAUGGGAAGCUUCCGUGGGUGCUAACAUUGUAAAUCACGGUCGUGGCGGUGUCAAGUCCCAGAGGGACGCUAGAAAGGAUCAACGUGUUAAGGAUUACGAGGAGGAUAAUUUCACCAGACUGAAUGCCGUGGGGAACAAACAAGAAAGACGUAGGGCUAAACAACGAGAACGGGCUGCUCAAGAAAACAUGAUUGGUGGUGAAGAUUUUGGUAUUUUCAAUUCGAAACGCAGAAUCGAUGAUAGUACCACCAGAAGAGCUUCCAAGAAGCCCAAGAGUGCUUGGGACAGGGCAAAGAAGAAUCUAUAG